GGCUGAUUGAACGGUGAAUGGAAUGACUCGAGUACACUGAACCGUGUUCAUGCUCACACUAGAGAGAGGCACUUGCCGCACAGCCGAGCUGGUCACUCACGGGGAGAACGUAUCUGUCCUGUGUUGUGCCGCCAACACAACACAACACAGCACAGCACAACACAACACAGCACAGCACAGCACAGCUCAGCCAGGAGUAUGGGCUUACCACACACAUCCCUACCUACAGAAGCCCGCCAGUGCACUCAGCCCAUCAACAAACGCUAUACACCUAUCUAUCCCAGGGCCCUACACAACGUACGUAAUGUACACCAACGGCACAGCCAUGUCAGUCAGUGUGGUCCCGCUACAGACAAGGCCCCAUCCAUCAUCAAAUCAAGGCCUCUCCUGCUUGGCCAGUCUGGCGUUGAUGUCUUCAAUCACCAGGGGCACAUCAGCGAGUGUGUCGACCACAUAAUGAGCACCAGACUCGCCAACAAGCUUGUCGCGGCUCGCCUGCAGCAACCAAUCCAAUGUAUCUAUCGGCGUGGCGGAGAGCGGGGCAUCCCAUCCACUCUGUCUGUCUGCGCGAGUGAGGCUGGCUACCUGCUCUCUGCGCGUCUGUUCCUCUUGUCCGAGUGCCUCCCACUGGUCGAUAGAGUCCACGUCCAUGUGUGUGCUGUAGCGGCUCACAGCGACCGUCCAGCAUCCUGCACACGCACACACACCCAUCCAUCCAUCCAAAGACAUGAUGGGGGUAGGGUGUCCUCAGUCAGAGUAUACCAUACCUGCGUUCAGGCCCUCCGCAAUGCCCAUGACGCUGUCGUCGAUUUUCACGACACUCUGCACAUAGGGUAUCUGCAAACAGACAGACAAACAGACAGACAGACAGUAGACGUCAUGUCAUGCAGCCGUGCAGUGCACGAGCCAGACAGACACACCUGGAGGUUUCUCAUGUUUUGGUAGAUCAUGAAAGGCUGUGUCCGCGACCCAAAGCUGCCCUCCAAGUCGUCACCCGCCACGAACGAGUCGCUCACGAACCCCUGGGUGGCCGCCUCCUUGAGCGAUGCAUCCAGCAGCGAACGACCCAAACCUGCACACACACACACACACACACAGAGGCCAUCUUCCUUGUGCGUGUCCCCCAAGAGUUUUCGACAUGCACCUACCAGUGGUGCCUGCAAUCUUGCAUCCCAUCUUCCGGAUCUUCUCGACGGCGUCGACGCACUCGGGCACCAAGGACGAAUAAGCAGACACCAUCUAAACACACACACACACACACACACGCACACGCACAGACACAGAGUGUCGGUGGCCAGCUGUCCGUCCCUCCCUCCCUCCCUCCCUCACUCACGUCGCUUUGUCUGCCGACAAAUGCCUCAUGCAGCAUUUCCACAUCCGCCGGGUUCGGCUCGUGGCCCCGCGCCUCCAUGAACCGACGGCGCACCUGCACGCCUCCAUUGCAAUGGACAGACACAACCACACACACAAUCUGCUGCUCGCUCGUCGUUGGUGCGCACCUCCGGGAUUUCGAGGAUGGCCCGUAUGUGGAAGUAGUUCUUGAGUGCAGGCGGGGCGCGGGCAUCACUCAUGGUGAUCUGCACACCAGAUGCUGCGAACACCUGCAGGCACCCAACAGAUCACAACAGACAGAGGCAUGCAACGGACGAGCGGAUGAAAUGGGUGGGAUAGGAGUGUGUUUCUGGUGCUGCUGAUCUACCUCGACGAAGGCCUUGUGCACCGCGAGGCUGUAGGGGUCUGCCACCGUGCCGCUGAAGUCGAGUAUCGCCAUCUUGACCUUCGUGGCGUGGCAUCUUGGUGCCAAUCGGAUCAGCUGAUGGGCUCCUCUCUCCGCACACCGACGCAAUGAGGCGAAAACCAUGAUUUCGAGAGGUGACCGGUGCCUUUCGAGGAAUGCGACAGCACGGCUCCGCCGACCUGAC